AUGUAUCUCCCGCGGUCUUUAAUAUCCAAGCUCUAUUCGCACCUCCAGAACACGCGACAUCCGCUCUCUCCACCAGUCUUGCUACUCGUGGCCCUCGAACCCGACGCCCUCUGUGCAUGCCGGAUUCUUACACGCCUGCUAAAGCAUGAUUAUAUUCCGCACAAGAUCCAGCCUGUCGCCGGCUAUGGAGAUCUUGAACGCGUGGGCCGGGACCUCGUGAGCCCCAUGAUGGAGACUCAAGGCGGUGCUGGCGGCGUUGUGGUAUGCCUUGGAGUUGGUGGCAUGGUGGAUCUGGGCACCGUGCUCGGCCUUGAACCUGAAGGCGAGGAGUCCACCUUUGGGGGAGUCGAGGUUUGGGUCAUUGACUCUCACCGACCGUGGAACCUGGGUAACGUGUUCGGUGGCUUCCCCUUGGAGCCAGAGACCGAAGAUGCAAAGACCUACCAGGCUCGUACUCCUGCAGGCGUCAGUGCCGGUCGAAUUGAUCGCGCAUAUAAGCCAGGGAAAGGAGGCAUCAUCGUCUUUGACGACGGUGAUAUCGAGGACGACCUGGGACCUCAGAAGGAUGCAUAUAUGGCCUUAGUCGAGAUGCCCGACAUAGAAGACGAUGGCCAAGACCUAGACGAUAGCGACUCGGAAAGCGAGAGUGAAGACGAAGACGUACGAGGUUCUGCGCCACGUGCCGGUCAGAAAAGAAAGUCCUGGUCUGGUCAAGAUGACGACGAGAGUGAAGACGAGGAUGAAGAUCGGCCGAGGCAACGAAGAAGGAGCAAUUCGGUGCGUAUUUUCGAUAAGCUAGCGAUUUCAAAAUUCCACACGUGCUAA